AUGGAGGAGUGCGGCAACUGCAGCCUCAACGCUGAGUUCAACGACAGCCUCUAUGAGUUCCUCAACAAUGCUUCUCACAUCAACAAGUUCUAUUUCUACCAGACAGCCCAAGUGGCGGUCCUCUGGGCGUUGCUGGUGGCGAUCGUGGCGGGCAACGCCACCGUGGUUCUGGCGCUGCUGCUCACCAAGACGAGGAAAAGCAGGAUGAACUUCUUCAUUAUGCAGCUAGCUAUUUCUGAUUUAUUGGUAGGAUUAAUAAGCGUCCUCCCAGAUUUAAUCCAUCGAAUAACUAUAGCGUGGCUCGCGGGCUCAAUAGCGUGUAAGCUGAUGAAAUAUUUACAGGGUGUAGUAACUUAUUCUUCUACAUACGUGUUGGUGGCGCUCAGCGUGGACCGGUGCGACGCCAUCACCCAUCCCAUGAACUUCACGGGCAGCUGGCGGAGAGCUCGUGCGCUCAUUCUAGGAGCGUGGUUCAUAAGCUUUCUUUUCUGUGUACCGAUGCUGUUUCUCUUCGAAGAAGAGAAUGUAGCAGGAGUCCUCCAAUGCUGGUCGAGCCUAAGCAAGAUCCAGUGGAGGAUAUGGAUGACCAGCGUCUUCGUGUCGCUCUUCGUGAUACCAGCUCUGACUAUAGCCGCUUGCUACGGGGUGAUAGUGGUCACGAUACGCCAGAAGAGUCAAAGAGUGCUUGGCAGGCGCGCCACUGCGACGAGGCAAUACAGCGACGAUUUGGACUCACGCCGCGCGAGCAGCCGCGGCAUCAUACCUAAGGCUAAAAUAAAGACGGUUAAGAUGACUUUCGUCAUUGUCUUUGUAUUCGUCCUGUGCUGGUCUCCGUACAUGAUCUUCGACCUGCUGCAAGUAUACGGCUACGUGCCAGACACACAGGCGAACAUCGCGAUCGCUUCGCUGAUACAAAGUCUAGCGCCGCUCAACUCCGCUGCGAAUCCUGUUAUUUACUUUAUAUUCUCUAAUAGGAUUUUCGUCAGCCUCAGGAACGUUCCGCCAUACAAGUGGUUCUGGUGCUGGAUGAAGUCCAGCGACAGUCCCGUGGGCAACGAGUCCCGCGCUCACACCGAACUGCUGACGUCAUCGCACCGCAGGACCAGGCACGAGCUUACUGUCAGGGUAAAAGAAGACAGCCUCAAAUACCCGAAGCAGCGCGUGCACCAAUGCAACAGUACCAACUCCAAAAAGGUCCGACUGCACCUCCCUGAAGAACACCAGAACAACAACUGCCAUCCGCACAGGAGAGACGACACGUUCUUGUAG